GGAAGCAUAAGAAUUUGGUUUUGUUCACAGCUGUUAACUUUUAUUAAUCUUAUAAACAGUUUAUGGGAGUCCAGUCAUGUUCAGCAAACUAGGAGGACAUUAGGAAUGGUAAGUGCUGGAGGGUGUAGCAGAAGUGCUUCAUGUGAUACCUUCUAUUCUCAGCGUAGGCUAAAAUUAGAACUAGACUAACAUUGCAUUGGAGUCUGAGUGAGAGUUCCAAAUGGUCUUGAUAGUAAAAGCAAAAUUCGUAACUUACCUAGGCUCUUGCACAGAAAGCAGUGAGUCAUGGAAAAUCUUUGAAAACCAAAUAUUUGAGGUAAGUUGCUCUAAACUCUCUUGGAGAUGAUUUUUUGGGGGGAUCGGAUUACACGGGAGUAAUUUGUGUUUAUUUUACAGCCACAUUUGGGAAUUCACUUCUGAAUUGUCAGUGGCAAUAUGAUUAUUAUGUCUUAUUGUUUGUCAGGAAACAAAGAAGAAGAUUUGAUGAUAAUCCUGUUAUUAUAUAAUUAAAUAUCCUUUAAAAUAGAAUCAUAUGCUUAGAGCCUCUUUUGUAUUUCAUGAUUCUAAAGCAAUAUUUAUUGAAUUAUCUGCUUUCCACUUUUUGCCAAGUGUACGCUUUCACUAGAAAUAAGUACUGUUUUGAUUGUGUAGUCUGAUAUUGGCUUUAGUAGUGCAUGUAUGAACAAAUUUGUAGAGAUUGGAACCUUAAUGCAUCUUUUCUGUACAACAUACCUCAAAAGAUUUGUAGUUUUCUACCUGAAAAUGUCUAUGAACAACAGGUAUGAUUGAUCAGGUAAAUCACUUUUUCUCAGUAGGAGACUAAUUCUAGAAAUAGGGCAAUUUAAAUUGCAACUGCUAAUUGGAGCAAAAAGCCUCAUACAGUGUUUUAGUCACUGGUGUUGCAUGUGGGGAAGAGGAAUGGAAAGGUAUUUACUCUGAGUACCACUGGAUGAGAAGUUAGUCUUUCAAAGUACAGCAAAUAAACGUGAUCAUAUUGACACAGGGGUGGGAAAGAUGAAAAAAUCUUAUCGUUUCAGAGGAGAAAGGAGUGAAUCCCUAAAAAGGGAUUGAAUUCCUAAUUGAGUGCCAGACAGCACUGUGCCACGUUGUGGGAUGCCUUUUGUAUCACCUGUCAAAUCCUGCCACUCUUCCUUAACAAGUAAAGAACGGUUAAGGAUUCUUAAUAUAGAUGUAUUGGACCAGAUUAUUUUUUUUUUUUUUGGUCAAGCUUUAUAAUGUGGUUUCAUGCUGUCUUUAGAACAGGAAACAAUCUUGACAAUUUAAAAUUAGUAUUUGCUUCGCUGUACCUUUUAAAUUGAUUUCAAUACAAUCAGACUUUACAAACAACUAUGUUAGCAAAAUACAUGGUAAACAUUAAAUGGCAAUAAGAAUGCUUUUUAGAAGGGUGUACUUAUUGGGAUAACAGAGUAACUUUGCUGCUCUUCAGAAAAUUAUGUAUUAAUUAUCUCCCUAAGGAAAAGAUGAUUUCAAAACAUUAGCCUGAUUUGAUUUGGAUCUUGACACUCAGGAGAGCUGCAAGAUUCUGAAGGAGAUGCAAAGAGUAUGAGAAGUCUUUUUUAAAAGGUAAUGCAUUACUAACUGUACACUAUAGUGUGAGAGAUACAAUUAAGAAAAUUAGUACAAAUAAAUACUCGUGCUAAUAUGUUUCCAGCAAUGUUUCAGUUUCUCUGAAGUGCAAAAUUCCUUUCAUUGCAAGUAUUUGUACAACCCAGGAUCCAACUGUCACGAUUAAUUACUUGGAAUUACAUAGAACACUCAUUCCCCUCCCAGGAAGAAAUUAAUUCUUAUAUCCACAUUUAAUAAUGAUGGUCGUUCUCAGUCUACAAUUGUAAUGAACUGAAAGAAACAGUUGUUCUGAAGAAGAAUGCAGAAGAGAUUGUAAAAAGAUCCUUCAUACAGGUGAUACACGCACUGAGGCACUGAAAUUCACAGUUGGAUUCCUGUGAUCAAAACUGAACAUGUAAGAAUCAUGACUGAAACUGCCGUUUGUAUUGGAUCAUUCACUGCUGUGAAGACACUUUGGGAAGUGAGAAUACAGAAGAUAAAUGAAGAAUUACGGAAAGAAAAGGAAUUCAGAGAGAGGUCUGCAGGAAGGUUACUGCUUGUCUGUGAGGAGAGAGCCACUUUAGCAAAACUCAAAGAAAAAGUAAUUAAUGAAGAUGGAAGAGCAGUUUUAAGGAUAGAGGAAGAAGAAUGGAAGACAUUACCUUCCUGCUUAUUGAAAUUAGUCCAUCUCCAAGAAUGGCAGCUUCAUAGAACUAGCUUGCAGAAAAUUCCUCAGUUCGUUGGAAGAUUUCACAAUCUUGUUGUUCUUGAUCUAUCCCGGAAUUCAAUAGAAAGCGUACCUAAAGAAAUUGGCCAGCUGACUGGCCUCCAAGAGCUGCUUCUCAGUUACAAUAGAAUAAAGUCUGUUCCUAAGGAAAUAGGUAAUUGCAUCAGUCUGGAAAGAUUGGAACUGGCUGUCAACAGGAAUAUCUGUGAUCUUCCUCCACAGCUAAGUGAUUUAAAGAAGCUUUCACACAUAGAUUUAUGUAUGAAUCAGUUUACUACCAUCCCUUCAGCUCUUCUGAACAUGCCAAAUCUAGAAUGGUUAGAUAUGGGGGGAAAUCGACUCCAGAAGCUUCCUGAUGCCAUUGACAGAAUGGAAAAUCUCCAUACUUUAUGGCUCCAAAGGAAUGAAAUUAACUCUUUGCCAGAAACCAUUGUUAAUAUGAAAAAUCUUAGUACUCUUGUUCUUAGCAACAACAGACUUAAGGAUAUUCCUGCUUGUAUGAAGCACAUGACAAAUCUGAGAUUUGUCAACUUCAGAGACAACCCACUGGAGUUAGAGAUAACACUCCCUCCGUGUGAGAAUACAGAAGAGGAGGAGCAACAGGAGAUGUUUGGCAUUGAAUUCAUGCACAUGUAUAUCCAGGAGUCACUGAAGAAAACAGGAACUGUGGAAAGCUGCACUUCCGCUGCUCCUCCUAUCAUAAAUGCUAAUGAUGAAGGAACUUAACUAGGCUUUGGUUAUGAUUUCUUGCAUGCCACAAGUGGCCCAGCUACUCAUCCUCUGAAAAUAAUGAAAUUCUACUGGUCCAAGUCCUACUGAUUUAAAGAACUCUCUGCCUACAUAAUGUGUCCAGUCACAUUUGUGAUGGCAACACAGAGCAAUAACAAUUCCAGCUACAGGCUUAAAGUCUUUGUUACUUUCAUUAUCAUCAUCACUUGAACUGUUAGAAGACCCUUCUGCUUUAUUCUUAGGACGUUUUGGUGCAGGCUCUUCAUUUUCUUCAUUACAGCAAGUUGCAUACCUUUCUACCAAACACCUCAAAGCAAGAUCUGGGGAAAAAAAAAAAAAAGAGAGAUACUAAAAAUAAGAGCAAUGUACACCUUGCCUUUACUUACAUAGACUGUAUUGCUGCUGGGAACUUGCAUCCCACGAAGAACAAAAGUGUGCAUCGCAAGCCAAAAAGCAACAACUUUGAGGAUAGCUAAAAACGAGAAGCAUACUGUGAAAACAUGAAAACCUUAUAUGCUAAAUGAAUUUUAUGAGUCCUGUAGAGCUAGUAAGUUCUUAUUCUCUUCAGUCUUUCUUCCACCCCAGUCGAGCUGAAAUAUUUUGUUUACCAGAUUGGCACAUUUAGGAGGAUCUCUUCCCUUAUAAAGCAUACAAAUAUUUGCUCUAAAAGUUUGACAUCCAGGACACAAUCUAUUUAAUAUAUAUGCUUCUUCAUG